UCAUAGGCAGAUAGUUUGGCGCUACGUUUAGUGUGGAGAUAAUUAUUAAAAAUGCAUGUUCGUGUAAAUUACCCUUAAUUAAUACUUUAACAAUCGUUUUCAACCCUCAAUGAGUGGUUUCGAAUAUAAGUUCGUUAGACAAAAAGCACUUAUUUUGUGGUAUUCUCCCCAGGAAUUUUGUUCGACAUUUCUGACCCACCUUGUAUAUCGCCUGUCUAGAUGAUAGCGAUUCACACCAGUUAUUUCAAAUCCGGAAAAGCCAUAAUUAUUACCUAAUGAAUAGAAUCGCUAGAACAUUCAAACUCUGGCGAACGAGAUAAUAUUAUACUUAUAUUUUUGCCACAUUGAAAGUAAUGACAAUGAAUUUCGUCACUGAUUUAAAGCAAGAAUAUAAAUCCUUUGAAAUAACUUCACUGCCAACAAGCUGUGCUGAUAUGAUCCUGUUUACUACAGUCAGUGCAAUUAUUACAAUAUGCGUGGUAAGUGGUUAUUACCACAGUCCUCCAUUGGAAAUAAUAAAUGAACAAUGGGACCUUUUUCAGAAAAUGACGAACAAAAAAUACCAAGAUUGGGAAGCAGCGGAUCGGUUCAAAAUAUUCAAGCAAAAUUACGAUAUGAUCGAGGAGCACAACCAGAGAUAUCGUAAAGGAAUCGAAACGUUUGAAAUGGGAAUUGGACCUUUUGCAGACAGGACACCGGAAGAGUUUAAGAGGAUGUUCAGAGCGAGAUUGAAACCUACCAAUUUUCUACUGGGUAAUAUCGGCAUAUGCAAACUCUCCGCGAACAGAAGCGUUGCUAUUCCCGUGGAGGCAGAUCAUAGGCAGUACAUGCAGGCGGUCAAAGACCAGGAAGCACACGUGUGCAGUUCUGGCUGGGCUUUUGCUGUGACCGGCGCAGUUGAAGGCGUAGCCAUGAGAGAACGUAAAUGGGACGUGUCGCUGAGCGAACAGAAUCUGAUCGAUUGCGCUUACGGCAACCCCUACCAAUCCUACGGCUGUGAUGGUGGCAGCAUAUACGGCGCACUGUACUACAUGAGACUGAACGGAAUCACCCAGUCCAGCAACUACCCCUACACGGCCUUGGACUCCAGGUGCAAGAGCCAUACGGGCGUCUGGAAGGUCAGCAUCCAGUACGGCAUCCGCGACACUGAACAUGAUCUGCUGUCGGUGGUGGGCAUCAGAGGACCUGUUGCCACGAUGAUAGAGGUGACCCCCUACAUCAUGCACUACAAAAGCGGCAUCGUGUCCGAUACAUCUUGCGGGAAAGGUCCGAACCAUGCGGUCACUAUAGUCGGUUAUGGAACUGAAAACGGUCAGAGAUACUGGUUGUUGAGGAACUCUUGGGGGACCACGUGGGGGGACAGGGGUUACUAUAAGUUGUCCAGGUCCACGAACGAGAAUUGCUUCAUUGGACAGAUGGCAUAUUUCGCUGAUAUCGAGUGACAAACUAGCUUUUGACCAGUGAAAUAUGUCAGUACAACAUGUUUUUAAUUUUGUUACAGUAAGAAGAGUUCUUGCUGACUUUUCAGGUAUUGAGUGUUAACUAUUGUAAGCUCAGUGAUAAGUUAACAAACUUGUACUCUUUUUCGUUGGGCUUCAUCCAAAAAUUCAUUGUCCCUUGAACAGGAGCGCCAGAAUUAAGUAUAUCUCGAAAUAUCUAGUACAAUAACAGUAUAUUCACAAGGGUUGAGGUUGUUUUGCUAGGUCACAUGGUGCUGCAUUUUAGAUUUUUGGUUGUUUGAUGAAGAUAUCAUACACCAUAUGUUAAUGUCUUGUAUGUAGAGACAAUGCUGCCUCUAAAGCUAAUGGAAGAAGAGGACAGGUUUCUUCCCUUGCCAAAUUCCCAAUAGUUCACGCCCAAUUAAGUUUUUGUUAUGUUUGAUAUACAGAAAAUCAUUAAAUUCGAUGUUAUUCCA